GCACUUGUCUUUUUUCACGUGGGUGUGUUGGUGUUGCGGUGUGGUCUCCAUCCACACUGUCUGUGUGGCUGUCUCAUUGCAGGGCUGGCCCAGGCAUUACACGGAACCUGCGUUGACAAAGGCUUGCCCAGACGUAGGUCUAAAACGACAGCCUGCCUCUCGACUGGCUUCUGCCGACUGGACAGAUCAAAAAGAAUACGACAUAGAUACCUCCCCUUCAUCUAUCAUCUAUCCGCUAUCAACAAGAGAAAACAAGUACGGUCUUCUGAAGAACUUUCUCUCACUGUCGGUCCGCCAGCGGGCUCUGCAGCGAGCAUGCAUUGUCGACGGGGCACAUGGACACGAUGCUGAGACCCGCACAUCUCAAGGCUUCCCUGACAUCGUCUAUUGUCGCCUGCGAUGGUUCAGGUGUCCGGGAGUAUACCACACCGCCAUCGUACCCGCACCAGGCGUCGUUGCAUCCCAUGUAGUACACAAUGAAAUACCUGAUCGAUCGAUACACACAUUGUUCACGCAUGGAGGUGAAUUUGUUCUUUCUUGCGGCCCACCUUUCAGGGUCGGCAGACAGAAUGUACCAAUCGUCGGAUUGGUGUAGGUAGGUCGGGUCGUGGCUACGAAGCACUCCCGGAGAGCUCCUAUGGGGAAAGAAGACCUGCUCCACAUGGCGGGUGAAAAAUGGCUGUUUGUCACCACCCUGAAUGAAUCACACACGAAGGCAAAGACAUACAGCACUGUGACCGACUGUUCUGUGUGUAUGGUGCAGCGCUUCUUACAUGGGGCACUGGUACCCGAUAGGAGAUAUCGAAUCUCACCCCAUUGGCCGCCGUCCAAGCGCCAUUCUUCCAUCUCAUUAUCGGAUGAGGAGCGCCAUCAUCCGAACGGACCGCCUCUGAAGUCUUGCCCUGACACACACACACACCACACACACACGUGUGUGGCACACCGGAUGUGUAAGCAAGGGAUGUCGGCACAUCGUAACACUGCAUCCCCUAUCUAAUGAGGGCGAUCCAGCUGACUCAGCGCCGAUAAGCUAAAACCAUCAAGGCAAGACGCCACGGAUGGUCUCGGCAAUUCGUGUCAGCACUGAGGUGAGUCGGUCAGGCACUCACAGCUCGACCAACAAGGAAGCAGUGCUCUCCCUGUCUACACGUUUGUCUGUCCUGUCUCUCUGUACUCACAGCUGGAUAUGUACGGUACGUAGGUAUAGAUGUAUAAAUGUCUUACCGGUGCGCUUUUGACGACUGAAGCAGUGUGGUGCUGACAAGGGAAGCAGUCAAACACGGGGUUCAAUCCAUAGACAACCCACCACUCUCCCUGACAACCAGCAGAAAACCAUGAAAGAAGAACUUCUUCCUCCCUUGUUCCUUCCGUCGUCCCACCUGCAGAGCGGCAGGCUCCAGUGCGGCGACGACAGGAAUCCUCCUGUCGACCUCAGAAGCGCCAGGCAGCUGCCUGGCCACCUGCUCGCUCUUGCCCUGGUCAUCCCGGACGCGCCCCUCCGCGGCAUGUCUGUCGAUCCUCUGAGGGAUGACCUGGUGCUCGCUUAUCGCGCAUAUGUGGAACUCCUUUAGCACGUCCUCUUCGUACAAGUCGCCACAUCUCAUCUGGCACGCGAUGUCGUCCAUCCCACACUUCAUGAGGCACACAAACUCGUGAAGACCCCGCCGGUCACUCAUCGCCCGAAGCAAAGGACCACCGCAUUUAGUCAGCAGGCCUGAAUAACACAAGGCAUAACAGCAAUUCGUAUGUGCAACAGCAUCCGGAUGUGCUGAUACCAUAGUAGUCGACGGAGCUCCUUGUCGACAGUGAGAAGACGCUCUGGCGUUUUCUUAUCAGCGUAUCAUCCGGCGCCAUGGCGCUUCUGCUGAGCCCAUCCAUCAUAGCCUCUCUCUGCGCCGCAUCGUAAGGUCUGCCGAUCACAUACAAAGACACCACGAUCCCCAGCACAGCUACCCCAGCAAGAAGUCGCCUCCACAAGAGCGGAAUGGGGCCCUCCCUUCUUCUUUGCCCUCCUUCUCCAGCACCCUUUUGCUUCCUUGGAGGCUUGGAAAGCCCGCGCUGGUGGUCACCAUGACGCUGAUCGGCAGAUUGAUCCAAGGGAGCAUGAAGGGAAGCCCGGUCCUCUGUUCUUCUGGCUGAGUGGCGGACGGAAGGUCGGGGUGCUGCGAGAGGCUUGAUGAACAUCGGAGGACGGAAGGUGGCGGACGCAGCAAAGAUGCCGCCUCGGACGAGUGUCAUGACGGCAUCGGCACACGCCAGGCCGAUGAUCUUGGUCUCACCAGGCCAUGGUCAGCAUCUGACAGGAGGACGGGCAGCAUCAGGC